AUGAAUCAACCUAUAAAUCAAGUAAUUGGAGGUCAACCUUUGGCACCUCAAAACGCCAAUAUUCCUGUAAAUCAAGUAAUUGGAGGUCAACCUUCGGCAUCUCAAAACGCUAAUAUUCCUGUAAAUCAAGUAAUUGGAGGUCAACCUUUGGCUCCUCAAAACGCUAAUAUUCCCUUUAAUAGCCUAGCUGCCGAACAAAGAUAUGAAAUUUUAAACGAAGGUGCGGAUCCGUUUCCUAGUACUGCUGGAGAACAAGAAGCGGAUAAUCAAGCAGUUCAAUUUCCGGAC